AUGCUCACACUGGGACUGAUCCUUGAGCUUGCAGUAACAACAUACGCAUUCACUUCUUCAAGUGAUGUAGACGCGCUAUAUCCGGAAUUUACUGCAUAUAAAGAACAAAAGAAGUCCCUCUAUGUGUGGUCUCACUCCACAACCAACCGUAUUGACGGCACGCCUGCCUGGAUCCUCCUGAUCAAAAACAGACAGGGAGAAAUAGAAAAGUUAGCAGACUUUUGCUCACUCCAUGGCUUUAAUAACGUAAUUCUCUUCGCAGGGUCUGUGGAGUGGGAGUAUGAAGAUUACUAUAGCAAGGGAGUCCUCCCGUACGAGGAAGAUUAUGUUUAUGACAUCCAGUACUUAGCGAGCAAAGGAAUAACAACUGAUUUGAUGAUAUAUCUCAACGAUGAUCCCAACAACAUGACGGACUAUCGCCAUAUAGAAGCAGUCGCUCGCAUUGCACGACGCUUACGAGAUGAAGGCGUCCCAUUGAAUGUUCUCCAUAUAGAUCAAGAACCAUCUAAACAAAAUAGGUACGCAGAUCUAUUGCGAAUGCUAAGUAUAGCAUCACAAUACAUUGAUAUAGGUGUAUCCUUAAAGCCACAGUGGGUCCGUGAAAAACUAUCCAGUAUCACCGCCCAGUUCAAAUUGGAAAGUGUAAUAGACGAGAUAGGUGCACUACAAGACUAUGUGCCUGUAGAAAACUCUACAUUCAGCGAUCUAAUCCUCAGGAUAGCCCCGAAGUCUAUUGUAAUGGCCUACAGUAAUAACACCGAGACAUCCAUUAAGAUUGGAAAGCAAGCAGUGGACAGUUUGCGCAGAGCAUUUCCAGAUGAAGAUAGCACGAGAGCGAUGGAGUUCGCAGUCGAAACAGGAUUCAUCAAUGAGCUUAAUGAGGUCGAAACACUGCACUACUGGAUUAAGAAGAACAAGCCACUGUGGUUCAACAAGAUCAGGUGCUUAUCUAACUCACUUCUGGGAUAUGCAAAACGGAAUGGCGUUGAAGGAGGUCUGACAGUUCAUGACUAUGCACAGUAUUAUAGCACGCUCUACUGCGUAUCUCCAGCACAAGACGUCAAGAAGCAGACACAGCCAUACGAAAUGUGUCCUGACGAAGCAGAGAGGGGAAUAAUCAUGAGCGUCCUUAAUGGCUGUUAA